AUGGCUACUGCUCGUGUACCAGAGCCGGUGGCCAAUGAAUGCCUGGCGCUUAUUUUCCAAAUGCAGAUAAAAACGAGAAGCGGAAACCCGAUAUCGCAAUGUACAAGGUGGUGCGCUGCUUCUUUGUUCAUCAAGCUCGCGAGACGUCUGGAUACAAUUGAGGCUGAAUGCGCAGACAGUCCUGAAAGGAUCUUGAAUGCGUCAACCGUCCUUCAGCCCGACCGUUCAGACUUCUUGUUUCUGACAUUAGUCUUACUGUGGGUCGGAAGCAAGAUGUUUGAAAUUCAGCAAAUUUCCUUGACGGAGCUGAAGGCUUGUUCAUCCAGAAUUAUCAGCGACAAAGUUUACACUGCAAAGGACUUUGUGAAGGCUGUAAGUUACGACCGAUGCAUGCUCUCACCUGGUAUUAUAACAUUGUUUCUUAUCGCCCUAAUACUGAUUUCAGGAGAUCGAGCUGCUGGGGGUAAGGAUCUUUCAUUGCUAAUUUCUGGCAGCUUGAGCUCCCUGACGAGACAUGGCUGCAUUGAGCAGACAAUAAACUUUGAGAUUGAGACAGGAAGGUCGUGCCCUUCAGUCCUGGAGGACCUGCUGAGAGAGCUCAGGCGAGUUUCUCGUGUUGGUGACUUCAUCAAACUAAGUACAUGCUUCACUAUUUACACCUUGAUGCACUCUGAUUCCUUUUUACGUCAACAUCUUUCUAGAGCAGCCCUGCCUGCCUCCAUCAUUGUUGUUGCCUACCUUAUUUCCGUACCCAAAAAGCAAGCAUUGUUCCCGGUGCUCCAAUGGGUUUGUGCUAUGAACAAUCAGGACCAGGAUGAGAUCCAAGGCCUCACAAGACUUAUUCUGCAAGCCAUUCUUGAAUAG